AUGAAACUGCGGAAAGCGGGGGCUCCCGCCGCGAAUCCCUCCCUCGAGAGCCGUUUUGUGUUUAAGGUGUGGGAAUGCUGCUCCUCCGUGCACAGCCACACGAGUUUAUUCUGGGAUGCGGGAUUUGCCAAUCGUUACGUGUUUUGUGCCUCCACCGGCCCAAAUGUGGCUCUAGGAGGUUUUUCUCGGCUAGUGACACAUUGGUAUAAUCAUCCUUUUGAAGAUGACUUACUUGUUUCCAUGGAUGAUCUCACUUAUAGUACACCUGAUGGACCAAAACGAUGGGGGGAAGUGUCAAGGAAGGAUAUUAAAAAAUGGAAGCGGGAAAUAUUUGAGCAUAAUAGGCGAAGUCGAAGGAAUACAGAUGGAGAAAGUGGUGAUAGAGUCUCAAUAAGAAGAAAAUUUGAGGACAUUCAUCUCCAGAAUCUGAAUGUAGAUGAUGGACCAAUCCAAAAGAAAGAAAGAAGAGUUCAGCUGGAUGUGAUAGUACAAGAUGAUUACAGAGAUCUACCCAAAUGGAUAACGAUAACACCUCCAAGUUCCUCCAAAGGUCAUCGUUUAACUUCACCAGUGCGAGAACACUUUGGUGGAGAAAGUGGUGAUAUAGUCUCAGUAAGAAGAAAAUUUGAGGACAUUCACCUCAAGAAUCUGAAUGUAGAUGAUGGACCAAUCCAAAAGAAAGAAAGAAGAGUUCAGCUGGAUGUGAUAGUACAAGAUGAUUACAGAGAUCUACCCAAAUGGAUAACGAUAACACCUCCAAGUUCCUCAAAAGGUCAUCGUUUAACUUCACCAGUGCAAGAACAGUUUGGCAAUCAAGCUGCUGUUUGCAGAAAGAAGUUAGAGUUGUCAAAUGGAUGUUCUUCAUCCAAAUAUCUACAGUUACAACAUUCUGGUGCUCCCAUUUCAUCAACUACAAUAGCCUUCCCCAGUUAUCAACCUUGUCUAGAACUGAGCUCAACUUUUUGUGAUAGUAUCCAUGGAGAAUACCAGUCUGCAGAUGAAGAAUGCUCCUGGAGCAAUACAACUCUUGCAGACUUAUAUCCAGCAAUGGUAGAGAUAUUUACAAAGCUCAUGACAAAGCAUUCUCAGAAGAAAGUGCUGAAGUACAUGUUUGGACACUUAAGGUCCAAGAGAAGGCAUUCUAGAAGACCAAAGCUCAAUGUCACCCUAGGCAAAAUGAGAGGGUUCAGACCCUCUGAACGAAAGAGCACAUGUGGCUUUAGAAGUGAAGACAACCAGAGCUCAACUUCAGGAAAUGAGAGCAGAGAAUUCUAUUGUGACAACUACCUCGUUAGUAAUUCACCUGAUCUGAUGCCUUAUGCUUAUACUGAUACAAAUGAAAUCAAAACAGGCUACUCUAACUCAAGUUUAGAAUAUUUGGCACCUGGCAAGGGCCAAGAAGUCCGCAAACACACUGCAUUUCCUGAUGUUAUGGAUAGAAUGGGAGAGACAUUUCCAGUUGAAGAUGAAUUACAUACCACUUCCUCACCAAAGAAUUCAGAAUACACAGAAAAUGAAAAAUUCGCUUACAAACGUUUUUCAGAAACUACUUUUAUAAUACCUACUGCCAGUUCAGAUUCAAGAGCACUUCAUGUUGUAGAAGAGAGCGAGACUCAGAAAACUGACUGUGUUGGUACCUCAGAGCUGCGUUCAUCUGCUUGCAGUUCCCCUGGCAAUAGUAACAAUUCUCUACUACCUAUCACAAAUUGUUCUCCUGCAAGAUCCGACUUUAUGAAGCAGAGUCCUUCAAAGAUGCCCAAGAAAUGCAAAGAUGCGUUUGAGGAACUCUACUACAAAGUGUGUUCUGAAGAAUUCCGAAAGUCUUUGACAUUGAAAAGACCUUGUGUAAACUCACAGAACCUUGAAGAAAAAGGGAGAUUAGUGAAGAGUAAUUUAAGUGAUUUUGGGCGCUCAGCAAAGCAGUGUGACAUAGAAUUUGACAGGAUCGAUGAGAAACUGCGUGGAGAGUCUGUUCCAAAAUUUCCUGGGUUCCAGAGAGCUUUCAAUUUCAGGAAAUAUGAAAAAAUACAGAUACCUGAAACUGUAAAUGCUCUUGUUAAUUCUCCUGUUCGAGCUUAUUCUGCAAUUUCCAGAGUUAAAAGAACAGAAAGUUUUCAAAACUAUCUUCUUUGUUCACCAGUAAAGCGACCGAAACUUACACCAGGACAUUGUUUUUCUGCAAAGAAAUGUCAAGAGAUUUCCCCCAGUAAAAGUCUUCAGACAACUGGCAUGGAUUUUUUGAGCACAUGCAACUGCAGCAACCCCUGCUUUUUUGCAGAUCACAACUGUCAUUGUCAGGGCUCUGGAUCUCAUGGUUCUUCAGAUAAAAGUUUUCUUGGUAUUCCUGUUACUUCCCCGCAAGAAUCUGGGACUGCACGUGUGCACCCUGGUUGGCCUGGGGAAAUGGAGAAUUGCAGCUCUCUCAGGAAUGUGAGGAAACGUCACCAAAGAGUAUACAGAAAACUAAGCUACACUGAUGGGAAAGACAGUUGUAAGAAUUCCUUGGAUGACUCUGUGGUUAAAGCUCACCAAGAAGCAUUCGUGGACUGAUACAGUUUUAUAUACGUUGGGUUUUGUUCGGUGUUGUUUCUUCUUCCAAGAUUCAAGGAUUUAUAAUUGUAUGUAGGCAAUAUACUGGUUCUGGUUUAUACUUCCUUGUAAUACAAAUCUUUUGGAAAGGGUUUGUCCCUUUUGA